AAGAGAACUUAUUCCGUCGUACCAAUCUUUUUCAAUAUCUUGAACCAAAACGGUAUGAAUGGUAUCCUAUUCCUAAUGCGGGUGGAAUUUAUUGUCCAAAUGCUGCCGUGAUUCGUGCAAGUGAACAAGAAAAUUAUAUGUUUUUGGAAGUCCCAGAAAAGAUGUCGUUUGUGGCGGUAGCUGCUUUGUGUCAACCGACUCUUGUAAGAGAUUCCGAUGGUAAUGUCACUUUGGCAGAUGAUGAAAAGGAACUAACACGCCAAAAAAUUCGUUCAAUGUUGAAUAUUGGUUUGGAUAAUGGUCAUGAUUGUAUAGUUCUUUCUGCCUUUGGCUGUGGUUCCUUUUCCAAUCCACCUUCGACUAUAGCUCAAUUAUUUUACGAAAUAAUUUCCCAGGAAUAUGCUGGUGGUGCCGAAAAUUUACCAAAAACUUAUCGUCACUUUGGCUUUGCUAUUUUUGAUGAUGAAGCUGCAGCUCAAUGGAAAGGUGGCGAAG